AUGGAAGACUUUCACGCGACCAAGGCGCACGCGGAGACAUCCAUGGGCGAUCCCAUAGACGUCUUCUUCCGCGCCGUGCCACCGCCAGGUGCUUCCCGCCUCUAUGUUAACUGGACGCCUCGCCGGUUUACAAAGGGUUCGUCGUCGUCGUCGGGGGCAGGGAAAGGAGAAGAUCGCUGGGAUGGAUUUUACGGACGGGAACCCCUUGUCCUGGCCGCCAAUGGCAAUUCGAUUCUUCUGAGGCUCACUCUCAGCAACACCCGGGUAGACUUCUUCGUCUACACGGUCCACUCCACUGGGCCGCCCUCGCUCUUGCGUCUACCCGAUUGCAAACUCAGAUUCUCAAACAGUUGUCUCCGCUCUGGUGGGUUAGAUCAUAUGGUCACCCUUGGUAACAUUGGUUUUUUAUGUGAUGCUGAAAGCGAAGAAUUUGUGGUGGCAGACCUAAUGAUUUUGCCGAAACACGAUGAUGCCUCCCACCAUGAUGAUACUCCGGUGGUAGCCGGGCUUUGUAUUUUCCGGUCAUGCAGCCCUGGGGAGGACUGGAAAGCCAGCAAACCACGUAUAUGCCAUAAGAAGGGGCAAGGCGGGGAAUUAAUUUGGUGGCACACUGAUGUCGUUGUCCCCCAUGGAGUUUCCCUGUGCUACAUAGAUUAUUUCCGCGGAAUCCUGUUUUUGGAUAUUCUCAGCAAAUGCCCGCGGCUCUUGUAUGUCCGGCUUCCUCUAAUGAACCCUGUUGGUGAUCCUUAUGAUAGUGAAACUGGACGAGGGUGCCCAUCAGCUUUUAGGAGCGUGUGUGUUACCAAUGGCGGAACCAUGAAGUUUGUUGAGGUUGUCACCAGAACCGUCUUUCUUUCAGGCAGCCAGUCAGCUGCUGCUUCUUCAUUUGCAAUCAAAGUUUGGAGGCUUAGGGAACAUGGCAUGACAUGGGAGAAAGAAAGUACCAUCCAAGAUACCGAGCUCUGGUCCCUGCAGGGGUAUGGUGAUCUACUCCGUGUCCCGCCAACAUUCCCUGUUGUGAGCAUGACGAACCCGGAUGUCAUCUUUUGUGUGCUGAGCAAUGGGUGUUUCGGUGACGCCAAUGUGACAUGGGUCAUUGCGAUUGACAUGUUGAAGAAGACUCUGAGAUCAGCUUUUAGAUACAAGAAAGUACAUAGGAACAGCAUUGAGAAUGAUGGCAACAUGGCGUCUGCGAGCCUCUCUACUAAUCGUGCAUUUAUUCCCUCCCAGCUCUCCAAGUACUUAGGUGUGACUGGAGCCAGAAGGAAAAGAAGAAAUCUGGGAUGA